AAAUUUGAUCUAAUGGUGUCCUCAAAAUCUCUUGACAAUUUAACUACCAUAUACAAUAUAAAAUCCUUUUGAUAGUUCAACAAAAUAAUUAAACCAAACAGAAGCAGCCAAGUAAAUUCCCCUAACACACUAAUAAAAUGCGCGCCACAUUAAUGUAUCGAAAACGAUUUUGACAUUCCUGUUCCAAUUGUUUGCAACAAUACCGCGAUUCACAGCGAAGAGCAAAUCGUAAACAAAACAAAGAUGAGAUAACUGAAGGAGAUUAUAACCAAUUAAAGUACGCACGUUGGAAGUUCGCUUUUUUAUAGCAUAAAGAGAUUUGAGUCAAAGAUUGAUAAGAACAUCAUAGUCUGUAAAGAACGAGAGUGCGCACCGUGGAGAGGUUAACAUAUUUCUGUGAGUAAGGCGAUUUCACAAUAGCAUGCAAACGAUGGACCUCGAUCCAGCAGCGAAGGAGUACCAGGAUGCGUUAUCGAAUGUACAAUUGGUGGAACGCAAUCCGGCUCCUAGUGGGACAGAGAUCGUGAGCUUAUACCGUAGUGGUGUACGGGAAGCGAAUGACAUUGUGAUGCUUGCCAAAGAGAUACAAUCGGCCGACGUAGCGGUGACGAAUAAUGCGUGCGCUAAGUUGGUUAUGAUAGCGGAACAGGUUCGAUUUCUGCAGCAGCAAGCGAAAAAGAUUCUGGAAGAAACGCAAGCAGCUCAGGAGCUGCAUCAUGCUGCUUGUAAUUUUCGUAAGAUUCCCGGUCACAUCUACCACUUGUAUAAAAGAUCAUCAGGUCAAAAGUACUUCAGCAUGCUGUCACCGAAGGACUGGGGACCGAAAGGAUGUGAACAUCAGUACCAGGGUAGCUAUAAGCUGGAGUAUGAUCAAACGUGGACACCAGUAGAGAAAAUCGAACAAGUGCAGGAGAAUAUAAGGUGGGCACAGCGGGUGUUGGACACGGGGUUAAACUCCAAUCGGAAUGGUUUCCUCUCAAUUGGCAAUGAGGAUGCAAAUGAUAAGCAAACGGAAUCUUAGAAUCUAUACGGGGGGGCUAGGAGCAUUACGGUAAUUAUUAAAUAAAGAUAAAUAUCUUUCUUUUUUUAACUAUAAA